CCGAUCCCAACAAACUGGGACACGCCAGGAUACACUGGGAUUAUACUGGGAUUACACUGGGAUUACACUGGGAUACGGCACGGACACAACAGGGAUAGGAGACCCAUGGAGCUGCUGCCUCUGAGCCUGGUCCUGCUGCUGCUGGGCGGGUCCCGGACGCAGGACGAGGACAGGAUCAUUGGGGGCUAUCCCUGUGUGCCCCAUUCCCAACCAUGGCAGGUUUACAUCUACAGCCCCGUGCGCUGUGGGGGGAUCCUGGUUAGGGACAACUGGGUCCUGUCGGCUGCACAUUGUAACAGCAGGGGUCUCCGGCUCCGCCUGGGCGAGAACAACCUGCAGCAGCAGGAGGGGACGGAGCAGAACCGCCUGGUGGCCAAGGCCAUCCCGCACCCGGCCUUCAACCCCACUACCCUGGACAACGACCUCCUCCUGCUCAAGCUGGACCGACCCGUGGGGCUGGGACGCGCCAUACGGCCCCUGGCGCUGCCCCGUUCCUGUGCUCCUGCCGGCACCACCUGCCUGGUGUCGGGGUGGGGAACCGUCACCAGCCCUCAGGUGACCCUGCCCCGGCAACUGAUCUGUGCCUAUGUGGACAUCCUGCCCGACGCCGCCUGUCGUCGAGCCUACCCGCAGCGCGUGACCCCCAACAUGCUUUGCGCUGGGGUGCGCAACCAGCGCAUCGACUCCUGCCAGGGCGAUUCUGGGGGGCCCCUGUCCUGCAAUGGGACCCUCCAGGGCAUCGUGUCCUGGGGGCUGCAGACCUGCGCCCUGCCUGGGCGCCCUGGGGUCUACACCCGCGUCUGCAACUACGUGGGCUGGAUCGAGAACACCAUGAACCGCAACUAGGACACGCCAAGGACACGCUAAGGACAUGCUAAGGACACGCUAAGAACACGCUAAGGGCAUGGGACAUGGAGCUGGACUGCUCUAGACCACAACUACACGGAGCUGGGCCACCAGAGACUAUGAGUAGGGACACAAGGACAUGGCUAAGGACCACCAUGGGCACUAUGGACUAUGAGUAGGGACAUAAGGACAUGGAUAAGAACCAUUAUGGACCACUGUGGACUAUGAGUAAGGACAUAAGGACAUGGAUAAGAACCAUUAUGGACCACUGUGGACUAUGAGUAAGGACAUAAGGACAGCGGUAAUGACCACCAUGGACCACUAUGGACUAAGAGUGAGGACAUAAAACAUAAAGACAUGGAUAAGGACCAUUAUAGACCACUAUGGACUAUGAGUAAGGACAUAAGGACAGCGGUAAUGACCACCAUGGACCACUAUGGACUAAGAGUGAGGACAUAAAACAUAAAGACAUGGAUGAGGACCACCAUGGACCACUAUGGACUAUGAGUAAGGACACAAGGACAUGGAUAAGGACCAUCAUGGACCACCAUUGACCACAAGUAGGGCCAUAGAUGGAGGUGGACCCCCACGGACUAUGAGUAAGGACAUCAGGACAUGGGUAAGAACCAUCAUGGACCACUAUGGACUAUGAGUAAGAACAUAAGGACAUGGUAAGGACCAUCAUGGACAACCAUUGACCACAAGUAGGGCCAUAGAUGGAGAUGGGCCACUAUGGACUACGAGUAAGGACAUAAGGACAUGGAUAAGAACCAUCAUGGACCACUAUGACUAUGAGUAGGGACGUAAGGACAUGGAUAAGGCCAUCGUGGACCACUAUAAACUAUGAGUAGGGACAUAAGGACAUGGAUAAGGACCAUCAUGGACCACUAUAGACUAUGAGUAAGGACAUAAGGACAUGGAUAAGGACCACCAUGGACCACUAUGGACUAUGAGUAGGGACAUAAGGACAUGGACAAGGACCAUUGUGGACCACUAUGGACUAUGAGUAAGGACAUAAGAACAUGGAUAAGGACACUAUGGACUACGAGUAAGGGACACAAGGACAUGGAUAAGGACCAUCAUGGGCACUAUGGACUAUGAGUAAGGACAUAAGGACAUGGAUAAGGACCAUCAUGGACCACCAUUGACCACAGCCAAGCCCAUACAUGGAGAUGGACCACUAUGGACUAUGAGUAGGGACACAAGGACAUAGACCUGGCCCACCGCAGACCACCAUGGACCACCAUAGACCACUAUGGAGCACAAACAGGGCCCAAUAAAGCAGGAGUAAAGCCAAUGUUGAGCCCAUCUCCAUGGUCCC